CAGCGGCUUCUUGGCCCACUCCCCGUGUGACUCGAUGCCAAUGCGUGGGGCCGACACGACAUCGUGAGCUUCUGUGGUUGAAUGUCUGUCUUCCAGCCAUACUUCCGAGUCGGAUGCCAGGUCCUGACGGUCAAACCGGCGUUGGAUGUCGAGAGCCUGGCACAGCUUGGAGGGCCCGUUGCACAGCUCUUUGUCCUUGAGCGGCCGGGCCUCGUCUUUCCGUUUGGACGCCCUCAGCUGCCUCAUGAUGGCGUGGCCCUGCAGGGGCUCCAAGGAGCGCAGCAGCACGGCAGCGCCAUCGCCUGUGGAACACAACAGUAUCUUUCACACAGCUGCAACAAGACAUCCCUCAGUCAUUUGGAUGCUUUCCUGCCAGCAACAAUUGCUGUCCCAGCACUGUAGAAAACCCUUAUGCACAGAUGGCAACACACCUCUGUUAUGGCUCUGAUACAAUCGUAACAAAUGCAGGACCUUCAAGAGGAGACUACGCUCACCUUCACUUGACACGUUCAUGCAGAGAGUGCGACGCUUUGUCCUCGCCUCCCAGGUAUGCCUCCGUCUCCACCACUCGCCCACUCAGCUCCGUGCCAUCCUCACACCUGCGAACCAGCACCUGCAAGGACACAUGAUGUACACUGGCUGGCCUGGGGUGGGGACACACAACAUGGCAGAACCACCACGGCGGGAGAGCACCAGCAGCCUGCAGAGGAAGAAGCCCCCCUGGCUCCGACUGGACAUUCCUGCAACUCAGAUGUCUCUGGACGAGCCUCCCACUUUUGUUCAGCCGCUGAAGAGGCAGGGCUUCCUGCGCAGCAUCAGCAUGCCGGUAGAGACCUCUCACCUCCAGUCCCCGCCCCGCGACUUCAUUGACACCCGGAGGCCUGUCUUACAGCGCCAGUCAUCCAUCACUCAGACCAUAAAAAGCAGCAGGAGGGUUCACUUUGAGCGGAUUAACACGAUGCCCAUUAAGGGCCAGCGAGCUGCUCGCCGCAGCACCAGGAAGCACCACUCGCUCUCCAGAACCCUGCUCAGGGGCACAGCCGAUUGGUUCGGGGUCAGCAAGGAUGGCGAUGCCACACAGAAAUGGCAGAGGAAGAGCCUCCGCCACUGCAGCCUGCGCUACGGCAAGCUGAAGCCGCAGGUGAUCCGCGAGAUGGACCUGCCCAGCCAGGACAACAUCUCCUUGACCAGCACCGAGACUCCGCCUCCGUUGUAUGUCCCCGCCUCCCAGCAUGGCAUGCAGAAGAUCGUGGACCCCCUGGCACGAGGCCGGGCCUUCCGUAUGGUGGAGGAGGUGGACGGCUACAGCGUGCCCCAGACCCCCAUCACCCCCGGGGCGGCGUCGCUCUGUUCCUUCACCAGCUCGCGCUCGGGCCUCAACCGAAUGCCUCGCCGACGCAAGAGGGAGUCUGUAGCCAAGAUGAGCUUCAGGGCGGCGGCGGCCCUGGUCAAGGGGCGCUCCAUACGCGACAGCACCCUGCGACGGGCCCAUCGACGCAGUUUUACUCCUGCCAGCUUCAUGGAGGAAGACAUCAUCGACUUUCCCGAUGAGCUGGACACAUCUUUCUUUGCCCGAGAUAUUUUAAUGCACGAAGAGCUGUCCACGUACACAGACGAGGUUUUCGAGUCGCCGUCGGAGGCGGCCCUGAAGGAGGCGGAGAAUGGCAACAAGAAGGAAGAGACGGACCUGACAGGAAGCGCGCUGGAUAAAACGGCCCUUGAGAGAAGUCACCUGAUGCUGCCUUUGGAGCGCGGGUGGCGUAAAGCCAAAGAAGGAACGCCCGGCCCCCCGAAGGUGCCCUUGCGCCAGGAGGUGGUGAGUAUCAACGGUCAGCGGCGCGGCCAGCGGAUUGUGGUGCCCGUCAAGAAGCUUUUUGCCCGGGAGAAGAGGCCUUACGGGCUGGGGAUGGUCGGGAAGCUGACCAACCGCACGUACCGCAAGCGCAUCGACAGCUACGUCAAGAGGCAGAUAGAGGACAUGGACGACCACAGGCCUUUUUUUACGUACUGGAUCACGUUUGUCCACUUGCUCAUCACUAUCCUGGCGGUUUGCAUACACGGCAUCGCUCCGGUGGGCUUCUCCCAGCACGAGACGGUUGAUUCUGUUUUAAGAAACAAAGGCGUGUACGAAAAUGUCAAGUUUGUGCAGCAGGAGAACUUCUGGGUUGGGCCAAGCUCGGAGGCGCUGAUCCACUUGGGGGCCAAAUACUCUCCAUGCAUGAGGCAGGACAAGCAAGUGCAUGAGUUCAUCAGGGAAAAACGAGCCAUCGAACGCAACUCGGCGUGCUGCGUGCGCAACGAUCGCUCCGGCUGCUUGCAAACCUCAGAGGAGGAGUGCUCGAGCACUCUGGCUGUUUGGGUGAAGUGGCCGCGGCAUUCCAGCACGCCUCAGUUAAACGGCAAAGACAGGCAGUAUGGCUCUGUUUGCCAUCAGGACCCCAGGAUAUGUCUGGAGCCUGCCUCGGGCUCUCCUCACGAAUGGCCCGAUGACAUCACCAAGUGGCCAAUUUGCACCAGGUACAACACAGGGAACCACACCAACCUGCCUCACAUAGACUGCACCAUCACGGGACGACCCUGCUGCAUCGGAACCAAGGGAAGGUGCGAAAUCACAUCCCGGGAAUAUUGUGACUUCAUGAACGGCUACUUUCAUGAGGAAGCCACUCUCUGCUCCCAAGUGCAUUGCAUGGACGAUGUGUGCGGGCUGCUGCCUUUCCUCAACCCUGAGAUCCCGGAUCAGUUUUACAGACUGUGGCUCUCGCUCUUCCUGCACGCAGGGAUCCUCCACUGCAUGGUGUCGGUGGCUUUCCAGAUGACCAUCCUGAGGGAUCUGGAGAAGCUGGCGGGCUGGCUGCGCAUCUCCAUCAUCUACAUCGUCAGCGGCAUCACCGGAAACCUGGCGUCGGCCAUCUUCCUCCCGUACAGAGCCGAGGUGGGACCGGCGGGCUCCCAGUUCGGGAUCUUGGCCUGCCUGUUCGUGGAGCUGUUCCAGAGCUGGCAGAUCCUGGCUCAGCCUUGGCGGGCCUUCACCAAGCUGCUGUGCGUGGUGCUCUUCCUCUUCGCCUUCGGCCUGCUGCCGUGGAUCGACAACUUCGCCCACAUCAGCGGCUUCGUGUCGGGCUUCUUCCUGUCCUUCGCCUUCCUGCCGUACAUCAGCUUCGGCCGCAUGGACCUGUACCGCAAGCGCUGCCAGAUCAUGGUCUUCCUGCUGGUGUUUGUGGGCCUCUUCUCGGGCCUGGUCGUGCUCUUCUACGUCUACCCCAUCAAGUGCGAGUGGUGCGAGUUGCUCACCUGCAUCCCCUUCACGGACAAGUUCUGCGAGAAGUACGACCUGAACGCGCACCUCCACUGAGGCCGGUGGAACAUUGGGGUCAGGACAGGACAUGAAGCUUUGCCAUUUUCUACUCGUAAGUACACGACACCCCCCCCCCGUCAGGCCCUUGUUUCUUCAGCCACGGCUGUGAUCUAUCCAAAGCUCCCGAUCACCUUCAAGGUGUUUGGAGCUGUGAGGGCGGCGCUGGUACACACAAAAACAUAAGAACUUUUCACUCAUUUUCACUCGUUUUCACUCGUUUUCUUGUCGUUCUUUUAAUCGGAGGGGGAUCAGAGCCACAUGUGGGAAAAUGUACCGGGCCGGGGGGGGGUAGCACAUUAUUUAAGUCCAAGUUUUCAAGUUCUAGGCCGUUUUUUCCCCCCCCAUAGAAUUCAAAUUGAAAAUCCCAAUUUCACACAGCAUUUUGCACAGCUUUGUUGGAUUCCUAUUUUUUCUGGGAUUUUCCUCUCUUGGUUUCUACUGGAAACAAAAUUCAGACUUUUUAAAGUGCAUUUUCUCACUUGUUUCCCAAAAUUGAGAGCAUUCGAUCACUUAUACUAAUUGGACGGCAGCAAUUUCUUUUUCAUGAAUUCAUUUAAAACCUCAAGUCCCGCUUGUGUCGUCACUUUGGGGCCAUGUUUGUCUACUAGACCGCUAAUAACCCUCAAAGUGGAUAUUUAUGUACUCAUAUUUUGUAUUUAUAACACGUAAGAAUAACUUUUGAAGUGUUUUUUCACAUUUUUGGGCAUUAUACUUCUACUGCUAAGCCACAGUUCCUCUCGACAACCAAGACUCACGACACUUCUUUUCAUAGUUUUGAACAUUCUAGUUCUACUACAGCGCUUUAAAAAACAAGGUCCAAAUGAAAACACUCAGUUCUGACUGUAAAUUAGAUCCUCCUGGUGGAAUUCUAACUUUUUCCCGUUAUUGUUCACCUUAUCCUUUGACUAGAGCUUUAAAACAACAACAAAAAAGUCCUAAUUCAAAUUUAAACGACACAAAUGUAGCUUUUUUUAAAUAGUUUUUCUUAUGUUUGGACAUAGUACGUCUACAACCGCGCUUUUGAGCUGUUGAUUCUUACCCAAAACACAGAAUUCUUUCAUUUUAAUCAUCCAAAAUCAUACGUUUUUCAUCCAUUUUCACUUCAAAUUCGGAUUUGUCAGAAUUCCUACUUCAUUGACACUCUUUAAAUAGAUUUUCACUUAAGAAUUUCCACUUUUUUCAUCAGCUUUGGAGUUUGUACUUUUGUUAGACCGCUAAGAAACCUCCCUUUACUCAUAAAGCCGUUUUUUUUUUUUGCACUGCGACACUGCAAGCACUAUAAAACACAUCAUUGGUUUUAUAUGUGAACUUUUACUCUUCUCAUUGAUUUGAAUGGUGUACUGUGGGGGGGGGGGGGGGGGUUUCCCCACAUUUUCCCCACAAAAUGUCCGCACCGUGGAGCUCAGAACUUGACUGGCGUUUUUUAAUUUGAAGUGGGUGUAUUUCCCACACUUGGCUCUUCUCCUCUUCCAUAGAAGUCAUCCAGGCAACCUCAAGCAGAAAAGCAGGGAGAAAAACCAAGAAGAAACAAUUUCAGUCCAAUAUCAAAACCUUUGGUGCCUUGUUGAAAGCUAAAAAUGUACCAACUACUGCCAUGUUUCCUUUUUACUUUGUUACGUUAUGCUGAGCACUCAAAUGUUGUUGCCUUUUUUUCCUUUUCUUCCUUUGACUUUUGCUUGUUUGUGUUUAUUGCUUCUCAAGAAGUGAUGGCCGUCUUGAACUCGGUAGCGUUUUAGCUGCCCGUCUGCUCGACACGUGUAACUGAAAACAACAAAAUAAGAAACAAAAAAAUACUUCAUAUGGUCUGUUUGGGUUUUUUUUAUUUUAUUUUUUUUUUUAUUGCAACUUUUAAGGCUGCGUCCACGCGUGGCUGACUUGUCAUGUGACCGUAGGCUGCCCGGUAAAGAACAUAUGCAUAAAGCAGGGGUGUCCAAAGUGUGGCCCAGGGGCCAUUUCCUUUUUUUUUUUUUUUUUUUUUUUUUUUUAAUUGGCAGCACAUUUUAUCAACAAGAAAACAAACAAAAAAAAAAAAAACAAAAGCAGCAAAAAUGGCAAAAUCAGCAGUAAUUUUACAGGAAUAAAAUCAAAAUUUUAAGAGUAAAAAAGUUGUAAUCUAACUAGAAAAAGUUGUAAUUUUAUGAAAAUGACCAUCCCAAUAUUGUGAGGGAAAAAUAGCACUUUUAAUUUUAAACUAAUAAAAUACAGUUUAAAUAUUAAAGAAAAAAAAUAUUUUAAAAAAGUUGUAAUGUGAGAAUCAAACAAAAUAAAGUUGUCAUUUUUGGAAAAAUAUGUUGGGGGGGUGGAGUUAUAUUAUUAUGAGAAUUAGGUCAAAAUAUUAUGAGAAGAAAAUGUGCAAGAAGAAAGUUUAAAUAGUUGGAAAAUGUAAAAAAGAAAACGGCAAAAAUUGAAAAAGCAGCAGUAAUUUUACAGGAAUAAAGUCAAAACAUUAGGAGUCCCAAUUUUACAAGGAUGAAAUCGUAGGAAUGAGGAAAAGUUAUGCCGUUUUUAGUAGGAUACAGUUGAAAUAUUAAAGGAAAAUGGUAUUUAUUUUUUAAGUCUUGAUAAUAUAACAAAAAAAACCCAAAACAAAAUAAAUGCCAUUUUUGGAAAAUGAGAUUUGGGGAAAAGUUAUCAUAUUCUGGGAAUAAAGUCAGAAUAUUACCACAAAAAAAAGAAGCAAAGAGCGAAGUUCAUGCUUCACUUGAGCAUAAGACGAAGCUGCUGUGAAAUAUGUAAAUAUGUAACGUCUUAGCACAUCAACAUGCGUUGCUUUACAAACUAUCAAAGUGGCAACGUUGCGUCCUCAUUUUUCAUUAAGUGGCCCUCGGAGGAAAAGGUUUGGACACCCCUGGCAUAAAGUAAGGACUUCACCGGGCCGCUAACUCAAAUAUCCCAAAGCAAAAUGCCACCUGCUGGGUUGAGUAUGCGGCUUAUUGUAAUUUUCUCUUUAUUUACCAUCUUAGAUUUCUUUGAGGCAAACAUGACAGGACGCAUGUGGACGCAGCCUGGCUUUGUGUUGGUCUUAGAGUCCAUGUAAGCCAAGUCCACUGCCCCCCCCAUCUGUGUGCUGUGUGAGUCCACUUUGGAUGAAUUGUUUUUUUGGGGGGGGGGCUAGCAGCCGCUAUUCCGCCUGGCGUACGCCUGCCCCCCAAGCAGGUACUCCAUCUCUUGGAAGCGCAUGUUGGAAACGCUGAUGGCAGACGGGCCUUUCUCCUUGAAGCCGGCCUUGAGGUAGAAGGGCACCAGGAAGUCCUCGCAGAUGAGCAGAGCCCGGCGGGGGCGGGGCAUGCAGCGCAGGUACUGCAGGUAGCGCCACAGCAGGAUGGAGCCUUUGCCCUGCUGGCGACAGUGGCGGUGCACCGACAGCACGUGGAUGUGCACCGUGGACGUAUCCGGCACGUGCAGGGUCAUGGCCUCCUUUGGGCAAAGCAAAUCAUUUUUAUCAGCAUGAUUAUUCCCAACUGCUGUCAUGACAACUUGAAAGUGACUCUUUGUUCUCAUUCGUCAGGUGGUUGGACUGUCAGGUGUUCAAGCCAUGGCACCUGGACUCCUCAGGUACCUCAUCCGAGCUGGCUUCAUCAGUUCAGGCUCCAAGACCAGAUAGGACAGCUCUAUUCUUGGUCCAGGCGUGCCUCCACCUUAAAGGAGAACUACUUUGGCUCCUACACCGUCUCCUUAGACGAGACUAGAGCUGUCCUAUCUAGUCUUGGAGCAUAAACUGAUGAAGGCUGUUCAGAUGAAAAACACUAAAUUAUGACUCUUCCAUUAUAUUUUAAUGGAGUAUUGACUUGUUUCCUAAGUGUAGACGUUACACUUCAACUACAGCACGAGGAAAAUGUUACAUUUCAAUGUCUUUACUCGUGAAGGCUUUUAAGUGCUUUAAAAUGUAGUUUUUAAUGUUUGGACUUUGUACUGGACAGUACUGCUACAAGUAUUACGCUACAGAAACUUUGUAGAAAAUUAGCAUUAUUUACACAAUACAUCAAAUCCUUACAUGCUAAUCCUUGCAAUUUGAACAUUUUCAUCAAUUUGGGCCUUGAUUAUUCGGAAGAAACCUUGAAUUUGGGAUGUCUUUGUCGCAAUUCUUCAAUCAUAUUUCAAAUGUUUGCAAGUCACACUUGUACGACUACGCUUUAAAAACUUUGUAAGCCUUCAGUUUGAUGUCUUUACACCUAAUUCCUAAAUGUUACUUUUUCAAAAAUACAUUUUCUAUUUUUGGACGUGAUGCAUUCACUGCAAUACUGUUUUUCCUCCUCGAUUUCCACGUAAACCCUUCAAUUUCAUAUUCCGCAUUUUAAAGUCCUUUUUUCACCUGACAAUUUUGGAGCACAGGAUGCGGACGUCGUAAUCCUUGUUUUGGUCCAUUCGAAUCUUGAUUCUUAUUAUUUUGUAUUUGUUUAUGAUAUAUAAAUACACAUUUACAAAAAGACAUAUUUUAUUAUGAUUAUGAUUGAUUGCCCAUCCAUCCAUCUUCUAUGCUGCUUAUCCUCAUGAGGGUCGCGGGUAUGCUGGAGCCUAUCCCAGCGGACUUCGGGCGAGAGGCGGGGUACACCCUGGACUGGUCGCCAGCCAAUCACAGAGCACAUACAGACAAAGAAGCAUUAUGUUUUAUUAUUAAUAUGUAUAUUAUUUUUAGACAAUUCAAAUGCCUGUACUCCUAAAAUGCUAAAUAUCUUGGUUUUUCCCACACAAUCUACGCCUAAAAUGCAGAAUUGUCAACUUUUUAAAGACAAAACUUAGCAAAUACCGUAAAAUUCUCCCUUUUUUAUGCUUUACUUUGUUAAACUUGUACAACACCACCAAGAAAUGACUUGUUUUUUGUAAUCAUUCAGUCCUGACAGUACAACAUCGUCUCUGGUCUUAUCAUAUGUUGUACUAAUAAGCGCUAAGUUGCUAUGUUUUGAUUGGUCCAUCACAGCCUGCAUGCAUGUUUGACCUUCAAGCAGCACAUUGUGACCUGUGAAAGCCUGUCUUUGUCCCAGCCCGUUCCAAUGAUGAAGGCGACGAGCUGUCCCUCCUCAAACCAGCCCAGGGACAGCUCAGGACACUGACUCAGGAAGUACAGGACCUCUUCCAGGGUCAAAGGGCACUCACCGGACACAGAGAUGAAGGCUGGAGGAGGUGAGGGAAGGACAUAAGCAGAGGUCACGUUGGGAUUAAAGAGGAACAACAGGUCCUGUCCAUGGAAGCCAUUGGAACGUAUUUGGUAACUCCCAAAGCAGAAGAGUCAUGUGAUUUGUCUCAGCCAAUCAGCAAAGAAAGACACUGAUGGCGUCCUGAGGCGUCAGGUUCCUGAACUCGCUGGCGGGCAGCGUGUGUCUCCUCUGUCUCAGCGGGCUGACCACUUGGACGGGCGUCUUCAGGAAGAAAGGUUUGAGGAAAGGCGAGCUGCUCAGCUGCUGUGUCAUGGUUGCCUGAGUGACGGUCGACGGUGUGAACAAGUCUUUAUCCUCCAGCCUUCUGAGGAGAUCAGUCUCCGUUUGUCCUCCUCAUCCUGUCUGCGCGUCCAGUCAAAAGUGGUCCUCCUCCCAAGAAGAUGACGUACCGUAAGUCCACAUCGUCUCGUCCAAAUCCCGCUUGCACGUGUUCGACCUUCAUUACGAAGCACAGGACGUAACUGUUCACGCUCUGCUUCAAUGUUAACCGGUUAGCUUCCUGAUGGUAAAGCUAUCUGAUGUAUCCUGUGGGUGAAAUAUUGCUAAUUUUCUCCCCUGGGGGGUUGGUGACAAUAGGGUUGCUGUUGCUCAGGCCCCGCAUACCAACAGGUCGUUCGCCUGCUUCAUGGUGGCAAAAACCUUCCUGUGGAAUGAGACAAUCUUUGGAGGAGAGACGUCAGGACAUUGUUGUAAGCAGACGAUAGGUGAUGGCGCAAAUCUCCUCCUGUGUUUGAAGAUGGACUUCCUUGUUUGUGUUUCAAAGCAGCAGUGGUCCACAUCAGAAUUGUUGUCCUGAAAUGAAUAUGCCUGCUGACUCUGGGCCCAAAGACACCGCUGCAUGGUCUCUCCAAUGUAUAGGUCAUUGCACUCCUCACAGCACUGCACUGCAGAAAUAACAUUUCUGAGUUUGCUUCUCGGGAUUUUGUCUUUGGGGUGAAGCAGCUUGUGUCUGAGGUAUGUUAUGUUUGUUUGGAGGAAAUCCUUCUGAGUUUGUCUGGCAAACCAGCCUAGAACUGCACACUGCUGUUGACGUGUUAAGGUUGGAAUAAACGCUCUGGCAUGAAUUCAUUUCAUGCAUUUUCAUUUCAUGCCCGUUUCAUAAAUUAAUAUAUCAGAUUCAGUGUUUAGAAAUGGAAUAUUUUCUUAAUUAAGAGCUUAGUAAAGCUGUUUAGGACUUUCUAAAUACGCUUUUUAACAUUGUUAGAGCCCUGUGGGCAUGAAAUAACACGCCUAUUCAUUGUUUAUACCACAUUGCACAACUCUGCAGGACUCGAGACAAGCGAGCUAACCAGUUAGCCUCGCAUGUAUUUCUUCUAAACUUAAGAAGCCAAAAACGUACCACUUCCACGCUGGAAAGGAAACUUCUUUCAUGCCAUGGCUGACUUUAUGACUUCAUGCAGCGUUACGAUCAUGUAAUGUUAGGUCGUGUCUCGUGUCAUUACUGCCGCCUAGUGACCAGAAUACUAGUCUACCACGAAACAGCGAUCAUUUAUUAGUUAAUUUCUGAAGAACCGCGAUAUUGUGAGGGACGACUGUAUUGUUAAUCUCUUCUUAUUAUUGUAAAACAAUGAAAACAGCAACUAUAUCUUACAGUAUUUGAAACAUUUCUACAAAGGUUCCUCUUUUUUUUUUUUUCCCUUGUCUUCUAGCUGAAGUGUGUGGCGUGUACAGUGUGCACGUGCACAGGUGUGUGCUGUGCUGCGAGGUGCACGUGAAGGGCACGAGGGCUGAUGGACCCGCAUGCUGGGAGCUUUGUCUGGGUGGUUUUGUCCCCUGAAAGAGGUUUAACGCUGGCUGACUAAUGAAAUGAGGAGAAAGGAGUGCUACAGCUAUGAAUCCAGCAGAGGCCGCAGUCCGCAGGAAGAUGCUUUAAACAGUGUGGACCGGGAACGGCCUCGGAUGGUUUGCCAGAACCUCUUCGAGGCCGACCGAAAGUCGUGCUCCGUGGCCUCACCGAACUCCUCCCACACCCAAGAGCUGCCUGGCCUGCCAGUACCUGUCAGCUGCUUCAGGAGCCCACAAGCCACCCAUGCUCGAUAGGACUCCUUCUUCAGUUUGACAGCAGCCCUGACCUCAGGUUUAUUAACUGAGAGGCAUAUUAUAGUGUUUGAAAAAUAGGCAUUUUUAGCGGUUCUUAUGGGUGCUUCCAUUAUUUGACUGUCAUAUUAAAUAUUAUUUAAACAUUUCAAUUGAAGCAUUAUAAGAGUUACAUGUGAAAAGUACAUGAUUAUCUUUGUAAAGGCAGCAUUCUCUAAUAAAGCGCUUGUAUUGAUUGAUGAAGUGUCCAGUCAGAAAAUGGGAUAUUAUUAUUUGCUGUAUCUCUCACCUGGCAGCGACAGCUCGCCCGGGGGGUCGCUCUCUGUCUUAGUCGAGCCGCUGUGCUCGCUGCCACAGUCCUGGAGGAUGUCGGCGCCGGCGUGCAUCCUGUCGUCUGGAGCACCCGAGAGAGAAGCGUCACUCAAACGCACACACUCACACACUUGCUUACACACUCACCAUCAUCUGGGGACAGCGAGUCGGCAACGUCCUCGGUCGCUGUGGCCUGCAAGAAGAAUAAGACUUGUUAUCGCUCAUGUCUGCAGUGCUGGCAGUUUAAAGUCAAGAUGGAGGAGUGAGUAGCAACUUACGUCCGUGGGGGCGGGACUGCUGGACAGAAGCGUGUGCGGCUGAGCGUCUGACAUCUCUGACAACUUCUCCUCAUCCUCCUCCUGGAUGGGAGAAGACGGCGACCUCAGGGUGCUGGGA